GCCGACGAUUGCGGGCGUCCGGGGCCAUGGCGGAGACUGCGGCGGCCGCGGCCGCCUCGGUGGGGGCGCCUCCCUUCCAGCUGGGGAAGCCGCGCUUCCAGCAGACUUCGUUCUACGGCCGCUUCAGACACUUCCUGGACAUCAUCGACCCCCGUACGCUCUUCGUCACGGAGAGUCGCCUGCGAGAAGCUGUGCAGCUGCUGGAUGACUACAAGCAUGGCGCCCUUCCCCCCGGGGUCACCGAUGAGCAGCUCUGGGGAGCCCAGAAAAUCAAGCAGGCCAUCCUCCACCCAGACACCAACGAGAAGAUCUUCAUGCCUUUCCGAAUGUCAGGGUACAUCCCCUUCGGCACACCCAUUGUCGUUGGUCUGCUCCUUCCCAACCAGACCCUGGCAUCCACCGUCUUCUGGCAGUGGCUGAACCAGAGCCAUAACGCAUGCGUCAACUAUGCAAACCGCAACGCUACCAAGCCUUCGCCCACGUCCAAGUUCAUCCAGGGUUACCUGGGAGCGGUCUUAAGUGCGGUGUCCAUAGCAGUGGGUCGGCCUGAACGUGCUGGUGGAGAGGGCCAACAAGUUCACUCCCGCCACCCGCCUCCUCAUCCAGAGGUUCGUGCCGUUCCCUGCCGUAGCAAGUGCCAAUAUCUGCAACGUGGUGCUGAUGAGGCAUACAGAGCUGGAGGAAGGGAUCGACGUCCUAGAUGGAGACGGGAACCUCGUCGGCUCUUCCAGAAUCGCGGCCAAGCACGCGCUGAUGGAGACGGCCCUGACCCGCGUGGUCCUACCGAUGCCUAUCCUGGUUCUACCUCCGAUCAUCAUGACCGCCCUGGAAAAAACGUCGCUCCUGCAGUCCCGGCCUCGGCUGCUGCUCCCUGUGCAAAGCGUUGUGUGCCUUGCCGCCUUCGGAUUGGCGCUGCCCCUGGCCAUCAGUCUCUUCCCGCAGAUGUCCGAGAUCGAAACGUCCCACCUGGAGCCCGAGAUCGCCUCGGCCACCACCAGCCGGACCGUGGUGUACAAUAAAGGUCUGUAGAGGGUGACCCACCGCCCCCGGCCCCCUCGAGGAGAGGAGAGGAUCCGGUGGCGGGGGAGAGGAGCGGGAUACUCCCGCCCACCACCGGGAAGUAAUCACAACCCGGUCUUGGAGACAAUCCCCACACAUUCUUCCUGUCGGGAGGCAGGAGAACAUUAACAUAUUCACAGCAUUCCCACCUGGCGGAGGGAGAAGAGAUUAAUCCAUUAAAGUUUUAAAGUAGGGGGGAAAGUAGACGGAGGAGGAGGACUAGGCUGAAGGGGUGAUCGGGUGAGCCUCCGGGCCUGGCGGGAGGGUAAUUGUGAGUGCCACGGUGCACGCCCCGAAGUUGGGAAUCGGCAGCGUGCAGGGGGUGGGCCCAGGCGGCGGGCUCUUCUCUGCACUUUCAGCUCCUACGGCGGGAGCUCGGUCUUAGCGCUUUCUGUGCCCGGAAGCUCGGCCCGCGUCGGCCCCGGUGAACCUGCGGGGUUGGAGGUCACCGGCCUGGGCCCCAGUCCCUGCCGAAACCCGCCCCGAGGGGGUCUGCGCGCCCCUCGACCGUCUGCCCCGACGUCCCUGACGGACGGCCGUCUGCCCUGCCCUCCGUUUCCACAGCACCCCCCUCCCUGCGUUGUGGACGGACCGACACCGCUGUCCCAGGGGAGCUUGGGGACCGGGGUCCGGGGGGAUCGGGGACCGACCCCCCGUUGGGGAUGUAUGUAAGCGUUCCCUCCUCCUCGGGGUGGGAGGGAGGGCCCCGGCCAGUUCCCGGAUGGGCAGCGCUCGGAGGAGGCCUUGGCCCCAGCAACGGGCCGGAAGCGAACGACCGUGUGAACGGCGGCGGGCGAGGUGGGCGCCGUGCUCUGCUGGCGCCUCCCACCACGGCCUCAGCCUCCGGGCUCCCCGCCCCCUCCUCCUCUCCCCGACCUGACCCACCAGGGGCCAACCGGCUGGGCUCAGACUUGGACAGUGACCAGGCCCCCCCAGGGGAGCAGCCCAGCGGUCCCGGCCGGGAGCCCAAGGAAGGCGCCCCGCGGAAGGCGGAAGAGACCCCCAGCCGGCAGCGGGGGACCGAGGUCCACAGACGCCGGGGACAAGCAGCCCACGUGAGACUGGAAUCCUCUCCCGGAGAAGUGGGUUGUCCCGGGAAAAGUCACCCCGGCGCUCAUCGGCUGGCGGGGGACAGGGAAGCAAAGCGAUAUGUGUCUCUUCAGCAGAGAAAUGUCCGUGGGGGUCUGUGGCGGGUGGGGGACGGGUGGGCGGGGAGGGGGACGUGCCUGCUUCUGUCUGAACCACUCUGCUGAGGCUCUGACCCUUCCCUUCUCCCCCACCCCCCGGGCUUGGGGCCGCUGAGCCCGGCAGGGACAGGGCGAGCAGGAAGGGUCUUCACCCCUCGGGUGCGGUCGGGCAGAAAAACCCAAAUCAAAUGCCGAAACGCCAGUGGCCGGGGGUGAGUGCAAGGAGGUGGUGCCAACCCUCCCCUGUCUGCCCUCUGUCCCUCCCGCUGUCUCAGCAUCCUCCCGUCUCCUCCGGUUCGAGAACUAGGAGAACCACCCCACGGUCCUCGGCCUGGAACGGGGUCCCGGAGUCAAGGGGCUGAGACCGGGAUGGGUCAAUCCGGGGGUCGCCCUUCCGUGCCCCACCCCGCCCUUCCCGUCCGGCCCAGCCUGGCCCCUGGCAGAGCCCAGGUUUCGGCGCCGGUCUUGAGGUCACCCUAGUCAGACGGGGUCUCCUGGUAGCCCUUUUCAGGGUCGGCUCGGUCCGUUCAUGGGUCUGAGCCCAGUCCCGCGACUGGGGGAGGGGGACUCCACACCCUCCUUCGAGGCUCGGCCUAGGGUCUGACCCUCUUUCGGCAGCUGCCGGAACCCCCUCCCCUUUGUUCCACCCCAGGGAAGAACGGAGUGGGCCCUUCCCCAGAGGAGAGCUCUUCAGAGUUAGAGAUUUAGAUUCUAUCGACGCCCCCCGCCCACCCCUAGGAAAACGAAUGUGUUCGUGAUCGUGAGAAGAAUAUUUCUUAAGCACGUCCUA